AUGGAUGGCCUUUCGGUAGCAGCAAGCGUCAUCGCAGUAAUCGACAUAUCCGUCAAGAUCGCCUCGCUGUGCGCUCAAUACUCUAGAGACGUCAAUGAUGCAAAGGAAGAUGUCGAACGCGUACAGAAAAAGGCCGACGCCAUCAACCGCACACUGGAGAGGAUCAAGCAGCUGCUUGAUAGCCAAGACAAAACACGUCUCUCUGCCACUCAGAGUCUUUUCGACUCGCUUCAGCGAUGUCUUGAGGAACUAAAAGACCUAAAGCUGAAGCUGGAGCCGGGCAAGGCUCGCGGAACUAUGAGUCGAUAUGGCUUGCGUGCGCUCAAAUGGCCGUUUAAGAGCAAGCAAGUGGAUAAGAUUGUUUCAAACUUGAGCGGAUACGAGCAGACCUUCAACUUAGCGCUGCAAGUCGAUCAGACAACUAUCAUGCUCAGCUUAAAUCGGAAGCUAGACCUUCCCAAACUACCUGUUGCAACAGGCGCUUGCUUCAACUCCCAUGAUGAAGAGCACAACGCACGAUGCCUACCGAAUACUCGCUCCCAGUUGCUACACGAAGUCAUCAAAUGGGCGAAUGGCAAAAACAGCAAAUGUAUAUUUUGGCUGAGCGGCAUGGCUGGCACGGGAAAAUCUACUAUUGCACGGACGAUUGCCCAAUUAUUGGAUAGCAAUGGCCAGCUAGGUGCAAGCUUCUUCUUUAAGCAGGGUGAGGGCGAGCGCGGCAACGCUUCGCGAUUCUUUACCACCAUCGCCACAGACCUGGCUGCCUGCGAGCCAGGUAUGCUGUCUAGUCUUGAGAAGGCACUAAGAGAAGACCCAAAGAUACCACAUCAGACUCUGACAAAACAGUUUGAGAAGCUAGUUUUGGAGCCACUUCAACAAAUACAGAAGCCUUGUUCACGGACCUUGGCGCGCGUUGUUGUGAUAGACGCACUAGACGAAUGUGAGAAAGAAGCAGACAUUCGGGUAAUUCUUCGGCUGCUCGCUCAAACGAAAGAUAUCCAUCCAAUUCCGCUACGGAUUGUCGUCACUAGUCGGCCAGAGCUUCACAUCCGCCUAGGCUUCAAAGAGAUUUCGAAUAGUACGUACCAAGACCUUGUCCUUCACGAAGUACCAAAGAGCACGAUUGAGCAAGAUAUCCGUCUAUUUCUAGAGUAUGAGCUUGGUGUGAUACGCAAAGAACGCAUGCUGGCUCCGGACUGGCCAGCAGAGCAACAGAUUCUGUCACUAGUUGAGUUAUCUACGCCACUUUUCAUCUAUGCUGCUACCGUGUGUCGGUAUAUUGGCGGCAAAGGAAGCAAUCCUACGGCUUUCCUAACCAAGGUCUUGCAGUAUCAAAAGGCAAACUUUUCAAAGUUGGAUCAAACCUAUCUCCCUGUUCUUGAUCAGCUGCUUAAUGAGCAGGAAGAAGACGACAAGGAAACCUGGCUUCAAACUUUCCAAGCAAUUGUCGGCAGUCUUGUCCUUCUCGCGAGUCCUCUCUCUGCUGUUUCACUUAGCCGCUUGCUUCAAGUUCCACAAGAGGAGGUUAAGUCUCAGUUUGAUUCUUUGCAUUCUGUUCUCCAUAUUCCAAACAAUGAGAAUGACCCUAUCAGAAUUCUACACUUGUCUUUCCGCGAGUUCCUUGUCGCCCCUCAAAAACAAGGAAAAAUUCCGUUCUGGAUAGACCAGACAGACGCACACAAGAGGCUAGCCAUGCGUUGCCUCGAGCUGAUGUCUGGAUCACAUGGCCUGCAUGAGAAUAUGUGCAACCUAUCAGGGCCUGGAGUCUUAAGAAGCAAAAUUGGCAAGGGAACAAUCGCUAGUAGUUUUCCACCUGAUCUACAGUAUGCGUGUCGUUACUGGAUUGUUCAUCUCGUGCAGAGCGGGCAAAACAUUGUCGACGGAGAUGCGACGCAAGUCUUUCUCAGCAAGCAUCUUCUUCAUUGGAUAGAAGCUAUGAGUCUUAUGGAUCGCUCGCACAGUUGUGCCCACUGGAUAGGAGACCUCAAAACGAUUACAGACCCAUCUGCAAUCAAAACCUUGACUUUUCUCCACGAUGCUCAGCAAUUUGUACAAGAAUUCGUUGAUGCAAUCAGAGAUGCACCUUUACAGAUCUACUUUUCAGCACUUCUCUUUGCGUCAGAGAGUAGUAUGAUACGUCAGAUGUUUAGAAGCAAAUCGCCAGAGAAAGUUCGGAUGGUGUCCAUGCAACAAGCAGGCUGGGACGCUUGUGGCAACGCAAUCGAGGGCCAUUCCGGCAAGAUCAUAGCGAUGGCCUUCUCGCCAGAUGGGCAGUCAGUCGCGUCGGCGUCUGAAGACAAGACAGUACGAAUAUGGGUGGCGGAAACAGGAAUAUGUCACAGCACACUAAAAGGUCAUGGCUCCAAAGUCAAAGCGGUGGCCUUUUCACCAGACAGUCAACUGGUCGCAUCGGCGUCUGAAGACGAUACAGUACGGCUGUGGGAGGUAGCGACAGGGACGUGUCGAAGGGUGCUCGAGGGCCAUUCUGACUGGGUUGAGACCGUAACCUUCUCGCCAGAUGGUCAGCUACUCGCGUCAGCAUCUAGCGACACAACAAUACGGCUGUGGGAGGUAGCGACAGGAACAUGUCAUAAGGUACUCGAGGGUCACUUGGACUGGGUUGAGGCUGCAGUCUUCUCGCCAGAUGGUCAACUGCUCGCGUCAGCGUCUAGUGACACGACGGUACGACUGUGGGAGGUGGCGACAGGGGCAUAUCGUAGUGUAUUCGAUGACCAUUUUGAUUGGGUUCACGCCAUAGUCUUCUCGCCAGAUGGCCAACUACUCGCGUCGGCAUCUUUCGAUGGGACAGUACAGCUGUGGGGAGUGGCUACUAGCGAUUAUCGCAGCGUGCCAAACAGUCUUUCAGGAUACACUCGGUUUAUAGGCUUCUCGCCAGACAGCCAGGUACUUCACACAGACCAAGAGGACCUUGCUUUGAAUCAAACCAACGGUGUUCCACCGCUCUUGAGCCCACAAUCGCAGCCUAGCCAUCUUGUAGUGCAGAGGCAGUGGAUACUGCGCAAUCAGCAACGUCUUUUGUGGAUUCCAGCAGAAUAUCGAAAGUAUAAGUCUGCGGCAUGCAAAGACAAGGUUUGUUUCGAAUUAGAACCCGGCCGACUACUUUUAAUCAAGAUUCUUUAG